AUGUUAAAUUAUAAGGGAAAUUUAUGGGUUCGAAAAAAUUAUGUAUUAGGAAACAGGGUAAAACAUACAAGAUAUCAUUAAAUAGACAUAAUACCCUUUAUUUUUGGGCACAGUAGCUGGGACUCUCUUACUUUACUUAUAUUGUGAUUUUGUUUUGCUCUAGAAAUAUUGUGAAAUCCCCAAUUUAAGUAAAGUAAUUGUAACAUUUCAGAUACUAUCAAUAUACUCAAUGUUUAGAGUCAAUAUGACAGGUAAACUACAAAGAAUUAGAUUUUAGAACCUGGAGUAUAAAUGCAAACGAUUUCAGAAGAUAAAUACUUUGAUGGGAAAUUAUGCGAAAAGUGCAGAGCUAUAAAAAUAGAUCGCUGUUAUCAUUGUAAAUUUUGUGAUCAUUGUGUAAAUGAUUUUGAAGCGCAUUGUUUUUUAAUGGCUACAUGCAUAGGCAGAAGAAAUAUAAAAUAUUUGCUAGGACUAGUCACAUUUACUGGGAUAGCGUUAUACUUAUUAUUACUUAUUUUGAUUUAUAAAUGUAGAAGUUGCUCUAAUUAUAAUAGUAUUUGUAUCGGAUUGCAAGAAAGAAUUAACCUUCAUUAUUUUAAAUAUCGUCAGCUUAGUUUUAACAUUGGUUCACUUAAAUCCUUUUAUAUAUACUACAUGGAGGAAUGCGUCAUAGGUAAUUAAAAUUUUAAUUUAGAAUUGGACAAAAAAAGAAAUGAAUAGAGCUAAAUUCAAUGGAUCCCCUUAUUAUAUUUAUAAAAAUUAUAAAUAAUUCUUUACUCGAUUUUAUGAUAGUUAAUUAUAUGCAAAUUUUAUGUAAUAUUGA